CUUUCUUUGUCGGGCACCGCGGCGUCGAGCGUCGAGCGUGGGCGGCGGGCGCGCCGCGGCGGCGUCGGCGUGUCGGCGGCGCAAGGGCGGCUUUGGCGAAGCCCUGGGCCGCUUGCGGGCGGCGGAUUGACGCUGCGGCGCUGGCGGAACGCGCGGCGCUGCGCACGGCGGUGGGGCCUUUCGGGGCCUAGCCGGAAGCGGGGCGUUUCUGUACGCUUGUUAUGCGUGCGGCGGCAGUAUGAGACGGCCAGAACGUCUCGCGCUGCUGGAUGAGCUGUUGGAGCCGCCAAAGAGAGCCGACAAAAAUGGCUUGCUAGUGUCUAUACAUGCCGCUAGCUGCCUUCGCUUUUGCAGGGGCCAAGCGCAGCCGCUGCGCAGCAUACGUGCCCUCAUUUGACGGCGAGGAGUUCUCUUGCAACGUAUAACUGCGCCGCGCCAGCGAUUUCGACAGGCGCCCAGCCUCUGGCCCGGGCCUCUCCCUGCCUCUGGCCCAGCGAUUUCGACGCCCGGAGACGCGACGUUGCACCAUGCGGUCCGCCCUGCGCCGCGCGACGGCGGCGCGGCGGCGGCGCCACAAGAGCGGCAUGCCCGCGGACUACGCCAUGGUCCCGCCCUUUCCCCGCGGCGGCUGGAACGCGCACCAGCCGCCCUUUCCGGAGAUUGCACCAACGACCCAAUUGACGACGCUGCCGAGCGGCUUGCGGGUCGUCUCCCAGGAGACGCACACCUAUAUGUCAGCUAUCGGCGUCGUGAUUUGUGGUGGAGCGGCCGACGAGAAGGCCCACCUCGGGACUGUGGGCGGCGCGCAGCUCGCGGAAGUGUGCGCGUGGCGAGGGACGAGGAACUCGUCGACGGCCGACGUGCUGAAGCGCGCGGAGGCGUGCGGGGCGUACCUGCACGCGAACGCGCAGCGCGAGCAGACGCUCUACUGUAUUGAUGCUUUGCGAGAUAAGCUCGAGGACGCGACGCAAUUACUUGCGGAGGCGUGCCUGCUGGGUCCGGACCUCGAGGCGCCGGGCGCCAUGGACGAGGUGCGCGAGGGUAUGGAGCUAGCUUUUCUGGACGCGACGCAGGACGCGCGCGUCCGGGAAAACAUCCACGCCGCCGCGUACGGUUCAUCGCCGUUGGGCGCGCCGCUCCUCUGCCCGCCGUCCCAGCUGCACACUUUGUCCCCAAAAACGCUCGCGGACUUCCGCGCCUUGAUCACGCAGCCCCAAUCGCUGGUCGUCGGGGCGGGUGUCGGCCACGACGAACUUAUUGCAUUGGCCGAAAAACACUUCGAGCCGCACCUGCCUCCAUCAACAGCGCCACUGGCGAUCACACAGUCGCCUUACGUGGGCGGGUGCGUCCUGGCCGAGGAGCGGGCCCCGACGCCGUCUGGUUAUGCUGUUGAAGCCACACCUCAAGUGAGGAUUGCCUGCGCCAUGCGCGCGCCCGAAGGAGGGUGGCAUUCGAAGGAUUUGAUCGCUUGUUGUGUGCUCCAAACUCUGUUGGGGGGUGGCGAUUCCUUCUCCGCCGGUGGACCCGGCAAGGGAAUGUACUCUCGCUUAUACAGAGAGGUGCUCAACCGGUACCACUGGGUCGAGGCCUGCGAGGCCUUCGUGUCCAUCCACGAUCGGGAGGGGUUAUUAGGUAUUGUGGGGGCGUGUGCUCCUGCAAGUGCGCAUCACUUGACCGAGGUGCUCAUGUCCAAUCUGUUGCGGUUGGGCCAGCAGCCUGUUGAGAGAUCAGAAUUGGACCGGGCCAAGAACAUGCUCAAGGUCAACGUGUUGACGCAGCUCGAGUCUAGACUGGUGUUAUUCGAAGAUAUUGCGCGGCAGGUCGCGACUUUUGGGAGGCGCCAAACUUUGCAGGAGAUGACGGCGGCCGUCGACGCCGUCACGGAGGAAGAUAUCUUGAGGAUAGGGCAAUACAUGUGCGCGGCGCCUCCAUCCAUGGCGGCGCACGGCGAGGACCUGUCCAGGGUGCCGCCCUACGAGCAGGUGCGGUCCUGGCGGCUCCGGUAGUCUUAAGUGUUUAAUAGCGUUAGUUAAUCGA